AUGCUGCUGUCACUCAAUCCAGUGGCCUCAGUGUGGCCCAAAUGGAUUUCUGCACCCUCCAAGAGGUUAAUGGAUGCUUCUAACUCUGCCACACCUCAACUGAGUGCUCACCUUGAGGCUGUUGCCCUCAAUUCUGACUCAGAAGAGAGCCAUCCUGCACCUGCUGCAGAGCAGCCUACAUGCCAGAAGAAGAAAAAUAAAGAUAUAGAUCCUGUCAAUGAUGAUGGAUUUCUAGCUGCCAUCAAUAUCACAAGCCUCUCUAAUGAUGAAAUCAAGCCAAAGCAUGAUAGGAAGGGUCAGGAUGUUGAUCAUUUUUUAGUGCAAAAUAUUCUAUACCUGGCAUUGAUGGCAAUCCUCAUACCUAUCAUGAUUGCACCUUGUGCUCAAAGAAGGGACCAUGAGCUCACCUACAAUAAAUGGGCCCUGGACAGCAAGUUCAAAUCAAUGCUUCCCAAGGCUGUCGUGAAGCAUCAAAGUGAUGCCAUCCAGGAUGCUAGUCCUAGUAAAACUGGCCUUGAUAGUCAUCUGUAUGAGCAACCACUAAAGGCAGAGCAUGUGCUGCCAUACACUGACCAGGUAUUAUAUGAGGCAGCAACAGAAUGGUUGAUUCUACUGACCAGCCAAUUCAAGCAUUGGAGCACCUGUCCUUUCACCACAUGA